AUGAACUCCACCAUGAACACCACGGCGAAGCCGGGUGAAUGGUACAUCAUGGAUGCCACCGGGCAGUGCGUGGCGGCAUUUGGUCCUUCGUCGACGGAGCCGACGGUCCAGAAGUGUCCUCCAGGAGCCAUCUGGAAGAACCAGCACAGCAGUGCGGCUAGUAUGGCUAGGAAGGACAACUCGAGGAACAAUGGCAAUGGUCACUACUGCGCAGCAAAGUGUUCGCUGAUUUGUGAAGUGACUGUGCUGGGCUGCUCAGACAUGUUGACGCAGCUCGGCUCUGGAGGCUUCUACUGUGCUGGCGGCUUGGAGCCGCCGCGCAGCUGCAGUUCGGGAGACCACUGCCCCGUGGGCACAGGUCUGGAAGACAGCUGCCCAGCUGCACAGGGGUGA